AGCUCGCGGAACUUCCUCCAUGUGUAGGCUGCUGUCGGAGUGUUUUACGUAACUGUACGUCUGACGUCACAGCCCUUAGUAACCCUCGGCGGCGUCUCCAGGAGAGAAGGCAACAAGAUGGGAUUGCUGUCCAUCCUGCGUAAGCUAAAGAGCACACCAGACCAGGAGGUUAGGAUACUGCUGCUGGGUUUGGACAACGGUGGGAAGACCACCUUGCUCAAACAGCUGGCAUCAGAGGACAUCAGCCACAUCACCCCCACACAGGGAUUCAACAUAAAGAGCGUCCAGUCUCAGGGUUUCAAACUGAAUGUUUGGGACAUUGGAGGCCAGCGGAAGAUCAGGCCGUACUGGAGAAACUACUUUGAAAACACAGAUGUGCUGAUUUAUGUCAUUGACAGUGCUGACAGAAAGAGAUUUGAGGAGACGGGUCAGGAGCUGGCGGAGUUGUUGGACGAAGAGAAGUUGAGUGGCGUUCCUGUGUUGAUCUUUGCAAACAAGCAGGACCUUCUUACAGCCGCCCCCGCCUCUGAGAUCGCAGAGGGUCUCAAUCUGCACACCAUCCGGGAUCGCAUGUGGCAGAUCCAGUCCUGCUCCGCCCUCACUGGUGAGGGGAUUCAGGAGGGCAUGAAUUGGGUCUGUAAGAGCGUCAACUCCAAGAAAAAAUAGCUCCGCUUCCAGUCUUCUGCUUCUCUGGAGGAACAACAACAACUACAACAGCAUCAGCAACACACACUGACACACGUUGCACCCUACUGAGCCUUAGCACGAUGGAAUACACCUGUGAAUGUAAACACACUACUAAUCCAACAUGGACCUGGAGUUUUUAACUCCCCUGCAUUUCCGUAUCACUGAUUCACUAAUCUCAGCACAUCUUCCUGCAUUGGCCCUCCACACGGAGGGCGGGAGGGGCGGCAGUUCAUCUUGAAAGGGAUCCCAUGCCAGGAACUCAACCUCCUCCACUCUGACGACCCGCGUCACCAUUACGGUCCCCACCAAACCCUGACGCCAUCCACGGCCGGUCACAACCUCAAGCAUUCCUAUUAAACGGCUGCCUUUCAUUGAAAUUCCAGCUUGCUCUUUAAAUUUUUUACACACUGCCCUCAAAACCAAAUCCCAAGCCCCCCCCCCCUCCCACACACACUCUCCAAUCACCAUCACCAGCUUUUGCUCCAUUUUAUUCAUCCAGGUUGUGCUGUUUGCUUUAUAUCAUUUCACAAUGGCUCUGUUUGAAGUGAGGUAUAUUUUUGUAAUUGUUUUAUUUAUGGUGAAGUAUAGCGUACUGCUUUCAAGUAGAGUGUAGUGCUUUCAAACAACCAGUGUGACGUGUGUGUGUGUGUGACUUAAAAGAUGUUGGUGAAACAAUUCCAACUCUUCCAGCUAAAGAGCAAUACUGUACAUGUUAAUAUGUAUAAAACAAGAUGAGAUUAAAUGGAUUAGAGGAACUACAUUUUUGGAUCAAGUGUAAAUAGCUCGGCCCUUUGGUUGUAUGUUAUGUUCCGCACAUGUUAUAGAGUAUUUGUUACCCUGCUGUACUUUGUAGACUAUAACGUUUGCAUAUCUACCACAUACAGAUUUCUAACCAAGGUUUACGUACUGUACGUCCCAAUGCAUUUCUUUGUCUCCAAUGGGUUUGUGGAGGGAUUCAGUCUUUUGCCAUUUCAUUUUGAUAUUCUUGAAUGUAAUCUGUCCAGAAUUGAAGGUACUGUAUGGGAAUAAAAAUACAAGAAGUUCUGAA